UUGCAAGUUGUAAUCCACACCGGAUACAGUAUUUUUUUUUUUUUUUGUUUCGUUUUUCAAUCCUUUCCCGGCAUUUCUGUAGUUGUUGCUAUGGAAAGCGAUGUGAUCCAAAACACAUUACCGCCAUCUUGUGGUGAGAUGAGCAAACGAAAAUCUUUCCGUGUUUAUUUGCAGUCUUGCAUUGUUUUUUUUUUUUUUCUUUUUUUUUUUCAGGGUUUUCAGAUGCGUUUUUGGAAAUUGCAGAGUCGCGUAAGCGGCGCGCAUCUUAAUGCUGCGAGAGCUCACGAUCGGAUUUUCAUCUAAUCUGUCAGGCAGGUCUACACGCACCAGAACUUGGCCGCCAUGAGGACCUUUUGUGUCUGAUCAUCCCGCGAUGUCGUGAGGGCGCCGAAAUGUUUCAGGAAGACAUCGAGCGGACAUCUCGCCGCAGGGGUGGGGGACUUUUUGCCGACGGAAACGUGACUCCUUCAUCUCGCCCGUGCAUGCUCGUCGCGACCUCCCGGCGCUAAACUUCACCAUGGUCUCUCAAAGCCGGAAGCGGGCCCGCGGCGGCGCCUCUUCCUCCGGCUGCCGUCCCCCGGCGAGGUUCCUCCUGGUGCUUUUGGCCUCGGUGUGCUCGCUCCCCCGCCUGGGCCGGGCGGCAGUGUUCCGGGUCGGGGUGGUGGGCCCCUGGGAGUGUGACCCCAACUUCGCCAAAGCCCUGCCCGACGUGGCGGCCCAGCUGGCUGUAGACCACAUCAACAAGGACCCCGCGCUGUCCUACGCCGGCACCUUUGACUACGUCCUGCUGCAGGAGCCGUGCGAGACCUCGAGAGCUCUGGAGAGGUUUUUGGCAUUCCACACCAAAGCCUCCGCUUACGUGGGACCAGCCAAUCCGGGGUACUGCGACGCCGCCUCAAUGCUGAGCAACGGCUGGAACAAAGCUUUGUUUGCAUGGGGCUGCGUGAGCUACGACUUGGAUCGCGCCCGGAGCCACCCGACCUUCGCCCGCUCCAUGCCCAGGCCCACUUGGGUGCUCCUACGGGUGAUGAGGUACUUCCGGUGGGCUCACAUGGGGAUCAUCGCCGCCUCGGACGACAUCUGGGUGGAGACGGCGACCAAGGUGGCCGAGUCCCUCCGGGCCCACGGUCUGCCUGCCAGACUGGUUGGCAUCACGGAGAACUCAUCUCACAGCAUCAGGGAGACUCUGGCAAAAGUUCGCAAGAUGAAAGAAAUACGAGUGCUGAUCCUCUGCAUGCACUCAGCGCUGAUCGGCGGCGAGCUUCAGCAGCUGCUGUUGGAGGCGGCCCACGACAUGCGGAUGAUCGACGGCUCCUUCGUGUUCGUGCCCUACGACGCGCUGCUCUACAGCCUCCCGUACCGCAAUGCGAGCCAUCCGGUCCUGAGGAGCAACCGCAAACUGCGGCGGGCCUACGACGCCGUACUCACCGUCACAGUCGACUCGCCCCGGGCGUCGUUCACGGACGCCUUCGGGGAGGCCGUGGAGAAGGGCGAGCUGGCGCGGACGCUCAAACCACAGCAGGUGUCUCCCCUCUUCGGCACCAUCUACAGCUCCGUGGUCCUCGUUGCUCGCAGCGUCCAGCGGGUUCGGGUUUCCAAAGAGUGGCUGUCCGGUGGGAAUGUCGCGCAACAAGUGCGCAACCAAAACUUCGAGGGCUUCAGCCAUGCCAUGAAAUCGGAUGCUUCCGGAAAUGUUUUAUUGGAUUACGUCGUACUCGACACGGACGGACGCUCCUCAGAGCUGGUGCCGACUCACAGGCUGGACAUGGAGUCCGACUCGGUGCGCUUCCUGGGCCGAGAGGUCCACUUCCCCGGGAACUCCAGACCUGGACGCGACGCCCCGUGCUGGUUCACCGCAAGCGUCAUCUGCUCAGCGGGGGUGGAUCUUUUUUCCGCCGUUAGCGUCGCGAUCGGAGGCGCUGGCACCUGCUUGCUGAUCGCGGUGCUGAUUUACUUCACGCGGCGACGUGUCAACCAGAUCCGGCUGGUCAGGGGCCCGAACAAGAUCUUGCUGACUUUAGCCGAUGUUACCUUUAUCAACCCAUCGCUUAGCAACAAGAAGCUGAGCCUGGACGACAGCCGGACCGGUGGCACGAAGAGCACGUCGGAAAGCAGCAUCAUGUCACCCGCCUCCACCCGAUCGCCCGCCACCUACGACAACUCCAACGUCGUCAUUUACCAGGGGGACUGGGCCUGGCUCAAGAGACUUCCCGACGGCUCGUUCAGCAGCAUCAACCCCAAAACGAGUGACCUGUUUGAGCUGAUGAAGGACAUGCGACACGAGAACGUCAACCCUUUCCUGGGCUUCUUCCUGGACUGCGGCGUGUUUGCCAUCGUGACCGAGUUUUGCUCCAGGGGCAGCCUGGAAGAUCUGCUCCUGAACGACGACGUCAAGCUGGACUGGAUGUUCAAGUCCUCCCUGCUGCUGGAUCUGAUCAAGGGUAUGAAGUACCUCCACCACUGCGGCGUCCCUCACUCCCGCCUGAAGUCUCGGAACUGUGUGGUGGACGGCCGCUUCGUGCUGAAGAUCACGGACUACGGUUACAAUGAGGUUCUGGAUGCUCAGAGGUUCCCCUACGCGGAACCACCGGCUGAUGAAUUGUUGUGGACGGCGCCGGAGCUCCUCAGGGGGCCUCAGCCGGGCCUCCGCGGGUCGCUGCCCGGCGACGUGUACAGCUUCGCCGUCAUCAUGCAGGAAGUGCUGAUCCGGGGGCCUCCCUUCUGCACCCUGGAUCUGUCGGCCGCAGAAGUGAUCGAGAAGCUGCGCAGACCGCCUCCUCUGUGUCGGCCGCUGGUCGGCGUGGACUGCGCGCCGCUGGAGUGCAUCCAACUGAUGAAGCAGUGCUGGAGCGAACUCGUGGAAAAGAGACCCACGUUCGAGGAGAUAUUUGACAAGUUCAAGGACAUCAACAAGGGCAAGAAGACCAACAUCAUCGACUCCAUGCUGCGGAUGCUGGAGCAGUACUCGUCCAACCUGGAGGAGCUGAUCCGAGAGCGAACCGAGGAGCUGGAGAUCGAGAAGCAGAAGACGGAGAAGCUGCUGACGCAGAUGUUGCCGCCCUCGGUGGCGGAGGCCCUGAAGAUGGGAGGCACCGUGGUGCCCGAGUAUUUCGACAGCGUGUCGCUGUACUUCAGCGACAUCGUGGGAUUCACGACCAUCUCGGCCCACAGCGAGCCCAUCGAGGUGGUGGACCUGCUCAACAGCCUCUACACCCUCUUCGACGCCAUCAUCGGCAACCACGACGUUUACAAGGUGGAGACGAUCGGCGACGCCUACAUGGUGGCGUCGGGCGUCCCCGUGCCCAACGGCAAGCGGCACGUGGCGGAGAUUGCCAACAUGUCCCUCGACAUCCUGAGCGCGGUGGGAACCUUCAAGAUGAGGCACAUGCCGGACGUUCCCGUCAGGAUCCGCAUUGGGCUGCACACAGGUGCGCGAAAGCCGCCGAGACGUAAAUACAGCUGUUUUGUUUUGUUUUUUUUUUUAAAUAAAAGACCAGCCAAAUGUGGUGAUGUGUCGAUUUUUCGGGGUGGGUCACCACGGCGACCUGACCUAUCGCAUCCGGGCGCGCGCAGGCCCGUGCGUCGCAGGCGUCGUGGGCCUCACGAUGCCGCGCUACUGCUUAUUUGGAGACACGGUGACCACCGCCUCUCGCAUGGAGUCCAGCGGGCUGCCCUCCAGGAUCCACGUGCACCAGAACACCGUCAAAGUCCUGCGCGAGCUCAACCUGGGCUACAAGCUGGAGUUCAGGGGACGGUCGGAAGUGAAGGGGAAAGGAAAAGAAGAGACCUACUGGCUGGUCGGGCGGGACGGAUUCACCAAACCUCUUCCUGUACCUCCGGAGCUCAAAUCGGGCGCGGCCGCCAACGAGCCAAAAGACUUGAGGCGAGCGUUCUACAAGGCCGUGCGGAAGCUCUCGCACAUCCGCGUGGUCGCGCAACUCUGCGAGGACAACGACGUCGCGGCGUCGCGGCCCUGAGCGGAUUCUCGCUUCCUCCGCGAACGCUUAGUGCGGUUUUGUGCGCGCGCGUGCGUGGAUUAAGCGUCAGAUGAAUCGAGGAGACGGCGUCGCGCCGGCCCCCGGGACUAGAACAAGAGCGACUCAGCAAAGCGGGGAUCUGCAGAUGCGCCGUCAGCGACUGACGAGUGCAGAUUAUCCCCCCUCGCCUCCGGCAGACAAGACGGAAAGGACCGGACUUGACGCUCCACCGUAGUGUUCCGAGUGAUCUGGCUUUGCCUCUUUGAGCAGGACUAGGUACAGCUCAGGAUAGAGUUAGGAGUAUCGAUUCAAGUAUGUUGAUGGGUGUCAAGACACGCUUUGCAGUUUAGAUGCAGAUUAUGU